CAAAAUACUAGAAUGAUUACAUAGAAAAUUGUGGAAUUGUACAAGAACAACUCUGCGUUUAAUAUAAAAAAAAUUUCGGUACUGUACAGCAUUGAUAUAAGGCAAAGGGCGAGGGAAAGGAAUUAGGAGAGUGAGUGCAAGGUACGGAAAGAUAUGAGAAACAGUUGGACUUGAAUUGUCGGGAUGCGAGUCGUCGACAUCUUUUAUUUAGACAUAAGUGCCUUAAAGUAUUUAAAAUAUCAGAAAUAGUUUUAUUCAGACGUAAAUAAGCAAACUUUCCUAGCUAAUUUUUUUACUUAAGAAUUGGUGGCUUAUAAGACGAUAGUUAAUCAUGUUGUUCACUCGAAAAUCUACUAUUAUAAGAUGAAAAUAUACAUAAAAAGUUAUGUUAGACAAUAAUUUUGUUGGAAGUUUUACCCUGUGAAACUUAUAUAUUUUUUCAUUUUGAACGUAAAUUAAAUUUAUGGUGUCACAAAGUAAAUGAUUCCUAUCAUCAGUUGUAUAAUUUUUUCUAGACUGAAGAAAAUGAGUUACUCAAAGCUGAUGGAAGCUAUAUUUUCCGAUGACAAAUGUCUCUUUCGAUCAAUUGUAGAAAACCAACGAUGGCCUUACCAUCUAAAAUGGACAGACUAUGAGAGGCUUGUUUACGAAGCAAUAAUAAACAAUCGAAAAAAUAUGGCAAAUCUACUCAUGGACAAAGGCUUCACCCUUUACAAGAUGCCAGAUGACAGCUUUAUAAAUAGUUUAGUGUGUCUACUCCUCAAGCGAUGUGGUAGUUCUAGUGAAUACGCCGAUGUGAUUAUGAGGUAUAUCAAUUUGGGAGCUCAAGUCUCAUAUCAGAAUAAUUUAGGACAAACAAUCAUUCACUGGGCUCUUAUAAACGAAACUUCAGGACGUCUUAUAGAUAUGAUGUUGAUGAAAUAUUUAGAAGAAACAACAGUGGAUCUUUGUGAUAAAAGUCAUUUUAGCAUUUUACAUAUUGCAUGCACAAGGCCAAAUGUCGAUACUGUUAGGAGACUUUUAGAUUGCAAUAAAAACAGCGUGAAUCGUUCGAUUUUAAUGAAUGUCAAUUUGGAAAAUGCUGGUUACACGCCGCUACAUUUUGCUGCUCGUUACGGUACGUACGAGAUGACUGAAUAUUUACUCAAACGUGGCGCAGAAGUUUAUGCACAAGAUAUCAACGGGUCAACCCCUUUACAUUUGGCUUGUUACCGGCGAGACCAUGAUAUUAUUGAUCUCAUUUUGCAGUCUGAUCCCGUCACGGAAAAUGCUUCUGAUAAUUCUGGUUUGUCUCACUUUAUGGUCGCAUGUACGGGUAGUGAAUCGAUUAUUCCGAAGGAGUAUCUACGUGUCGCCGAAAUUCGACCAUGGUCGUCACCGACGGAUCUGAUCGAGGGUCGAGUAAAAGAUUUAGUUGUUAUGUACGGUGGUUAUACGCCUCUGCAUUUUGCAGCGGAAUUUGGACGUGUGAACACUGUUAACUUACUUCUUGAUCAUGGAGCUGAUGAAGAUUCUGUUACGACACAAAAACUCACAGCUUCCGCACUUGCUCGCAUUGCUAAACAUAAGGAUGUAGUUGAGAUUUUACGUAAGGAGUGAAGUGAAAAUUCAAGAAACUUAUGAUAGUGCAAGUAUUGGAUUUGAAUUUCACUGUAACAUAGUUCAACUGAAAGACACAAUAUAUUUUUGAAAAGUAGCUAUUGUUACAAAAAAAACAGAUGUUAAUAGUGACAAUUGAAAAAAAGACAUAUAAAAAACAGAAGUAUUAAAAUUAAUUUGCUUUAUGGAUAUGUACGUUUUCAGGUUUUUUGCGAUUUGAUAUUGUAUUAUCAUUGUGAAAAUUUUGAUUAGUUUCAAGCCACUUUGAACCACUGUUAAAAAUAUUAAUUGGAAAUUAUUUAAAAAUUGAUUUGUCUGUGAUGAGUUUUUUCAUUUAAAUGAAGUAAUUCAAAAAGUAUAGAUAACACUUAAAAAUGAUUUAUUUUUAACAUAAUUUAUGUGUGUCGGUGUAGAGUUAAUUAUAUGGUAAAAAGUGGAAUUUAAUUUUUAAAAUUUUUAAUUCCACAAGUGUAUUACCAAAUGAUUUUCAAUUGCGGUGUAAAUA